GAGAGUGUAGCGUAGUGGCAGGCGUGUGCUGUACCUGUGCGGCCGACGUGAGCUCUGAGAUAGCUCGAGAGUCUGUGAACGCAAGCGAACAGCGGGCUUGAGCUUCUUCUUGUGUUGCCCUAGGAGUCCAGAGUGGUGUGAGGGGAGGAAAGAGGAAGGGGCUUUCAAGGAAGGACUCGAGGCUUUACUAGGACUCUUUGAGGAUCUUCGGCGCCAUGACGGGAGUAAUUCGCGUAACCCUGGAAAGGGACGGCCAUGACCAGCCUUGGGGCUUCCGCCUCCAAGGGGGCGUCGACGUGGCGAUGCCUCUCUCCGUCCAGAGGGUGCUGGUCGGGACGCCCGCUGACGGCGUGCUGAUCAAGGGCGACAUCAUCUCGAAGAUCAGCUGCACCGACACCAAGGGAAUCACACACCAACAGGCUGCCGAUCUGUUCAACAACGCGGGGAACCAGAUCGACGUGUACAUUAAGAGGUGAGGUUUUGUUGCAUCAAUUU